ACUUAAGUUUGUGCAUUUAAAUUAAAAUCUUAGUUUGGACAAAAUUAGAAAAAGUAAUUUUCAAAUUUACACAAUUCAAUUACAUUAAAUGAAUGAAAUAAAGUUGUUUUGCUUCUGCAGUACCGCACUUUGAUCAGCAGGUGGAGCUGCACAUGCGCAGAUAGAACGCACAUGGUUCACUCUCCUGAUUACGGUCGGCCAUUUUCUGCCUUAACGUCUUAUGAACAAAAUUACUUUACAAGCGGAGAAAACGGAGAAGGUUUUGUCUUUGUGUGGAGACACAGAGUUUGGAAGUUAUGCCUCAGGAGUCCCACAAGUGGCUGUGCAGAGAUUGUGGCUCAUUUCACACAUCCAGAUCAACACUUUUAAAACACUUCAGAAAGGUUUGAUGUAAUGGAUAGCACAGCCAAGCUUCUAGUAAUCUUGGGAGAUAACGACUGUGAAAGUUCAACUUCAGACAUACAGGACAGAGCCACACUUAAGGUGAUUCAGUUGCCUUCAUCUACAAGUAGCUCUUCUGCUCCAUCUGUGCCAGAAGUAAUUGAGACAUCUUCGGGCUCAUCUGCACCUUCCUCAUCCUCACAUUCAUCUGCACAAUCAACUCCAGAAUCUCUGUGUUGUGUUAGAAAUAAGGUAUGGCCUCAAAGUUUUCCAAUACCACAGUUUAGUUUUGAUGCUGAGAUGCAACUGCAAAAAGCUCAGCUGGCUUAUCAAACGAAUGGUACUCUUCUCAGCCCCAAUACCAAGCUGAAGUCUGACAUUUUGGAUGCUUUAGCUUCAGAAAUAAUAAAGUACAAGGCAUACCCCUCAACUGCAGAUCUUGAUGAUGUAGCUGCUGCUUUGGUACAGAAGUUCCCUUGCCUCAAAGAAAAAGGCUCUGCAAGUGGCUACUAUGGCUGGAAAAUAAGUUUAAAAUACAAGAUGGCAUACUUUCGAACAAAAUUGAGGAACAUAGGAUGUUCUGAGCUAAACAUCAACUCACACAAGCGAAAAGGAUCAGUGGGAAGUCCUAACCAAGUGAAGAAACCUAAAAAAGCUGAGGUAAACUAUUGUCCGGAUUACCCACUGGGAGAAACAAAAGAAACACUUGAACAUCAAAGAAUUGCACUACUGUCUGAGGUGACUAAAAGAAACAAUGAGCAGGUUAUCAGGGGGCUGAUGGACAGAACAUUUUCGCUUAGAAGACAUGAGGUGGUUGAAGAUUUGCCUGGCAUUGGUGAAUUUAAGAAUAGAUGACCAGCACUGUUUAAUGAACGAGAGGUUUCUGCAGAAUUCAGUAGGAUUACAACAAUCCCUUUGGUGUCCAAAUUCAUGGGUCAGCUCGAUCAUUUCUCAACUCAGCUUAUCAGUGUUUUCAGAAAGAAAGGAGGGAGCAGCAGGACAGAAGAUCAACAACAUCAUGUCAGUUUUGGAUCAAGUAUGCUUUCUAAACUCAUCAUUUUAAAUCUGGCAAUAUUUCUCCCAAAUAUAAGCUUUCAGUUAUUAUGCACUAAGCCUCAUGGUAUGAUACCUCUUGUUUUUUUUCUUCUCUUAAUUAGAACACUGACGUUAAUAAUAGUUGCAGUAGGAUAAAUAAUGGCUGAAUAUCUUUUUUUCAGUGAAAUGCAUCUAACGUGUGGCAUAUCCGAUCAGUUCAGAUGCAUAAACACCACUGUUUUUCAAUAUUUUACUAUGUUAUUA